ACCAUUAUCAUAUAAACAAGAAAGAAAAAAACUUGUUUAUGAAAUUAUAAGAGAAGAAGAAAAAACAAUGGGAGGAGGAAACAGAUUUCAAGAACCAGUGAGGAUUAGCCGUAGGAGACAAGUAAGGAAAGAUGAGGAAGAAAAUGAAGUCAAUGAAAGCUUCAAAUCUCCAAAUCUUGAAGCUGAGAGACGUAGAAGAGAGAAGCUACAUGGUCGGCUCAUGGCUCUGCGAUCUCAUGUUCCAAUUGUCACCAACAUGACAAAAGCGAGUAUUGUCGAAGACUCAAUUACUUACAUAAGAGAGCUUCAAGAGGAAGUUGUUAAUCUUACAGAAAAACUUCAUGAAAUGGAAGAAGCUCCUCUUGAGCUUGAUGAACAACAACAAACGGAACAGAUUAUAAAACCUGAACAUGAAACUAUUGAUUUGAAAGAGGAGAUGAAGAAACUCGGCAUCGAGGAGAAUAUCCAGUUGUGUAAGAUUGGGGAGAGGAAAUUGUGGUUGAAGAUCACAACAGAGAAGAAACCUGGGAUCUUUACUAAAUUCAUGGAGGUUAUGAGGUUUAUGGGACUGGAGAUCAUCGACAUUACUCUAACUACUUCAUGUGGUGCAACUCUUAUUUGUUCAUCUGUUCAGAUACUUCAGGGACUCUGUGAUGGUGACUCUGUUGAUCUUGAACAGACGAAGGAGUUUCUGUUGGAAGUUAUGAGAAGCAAUCCAUGAGUAAUACAUCUCAGAAAUUUUGCGUCGAAUAAGAUUUACAUUGUUUAAAAUUUUAAAUCAAGUUUUUUAAGAGCGCUUCUUCAUCUUAUCUCAUUUAUUUCUGCAAAAUGUUGUUAACCUUGCUACAAAAGUAACCGGUCUGCAUGUACAUCAAAAAAAGAAUGGUUAUGACUUUACUGGUAAAAACUAAAAAGAACGAAAACUAAUCAUAGUUUUUUUUUUGUAAUCGAGUUCACUCGCAUAUAGGAUCAUUUUUAGGAUUAUUAUUUUUUGCUGGUUUGAUCUGAUAUGAAAGAAAUAACAAAAUCAAAUCAUAAACCCGGGUAGAGAAACCAAGGAUUGCGAACCGAAUGGUAACUCUGAUUCUCUCUUUGCUUGCAAGUAGGAUCGAUCACAUGGUUUGGCCUAUCUCAAAGACUUUAGCUAAUCCAAAAUCUGCGAUUUUAGGAUUCAUUUCUUGGUCCAGAAGAAUUUUGCUAGCUUUGAGAUCACGGUGAAUAAUCCGU